CGCUACGCCGCGCCGAAGGCUCCUCCCAACCCUCCCCGCUUGCAGCUCCGACCAUUGCAGGACCCAGACAAAAAAAAGAGAAAAAUGUCGACCACACUCCUGUCCGCCUUCUACGAUAUCGACUUCUUGUGCAAGACGGAGAAAUCCCUGGCCAACCUCAAUCUGAACAACAUGCUGGACAAGAAGGCGGUGGGGACGCCCGUGGCCGCUGUCCCCAGCUCGAGCUUCACGCCGGGCUUCCUGCGACGCCACUCGGCCAGCAACCUACACGCGCUCGCCCACCCCGCCGCGCCCAGCCCGGGCAGCUGCUCGCCCAAGUUCCCAGGCGCCCCUAACGGCGGCAGCUGCGGCCAGGCGGGCGCGGGCGGCCCGGCCACCUACGGGCAGCUCAAGGAGCCUUCGGGGGGCAGCGGCGGCACGACGCUGGUCAACAAGGAGAGCAAAUUCCGGGACCGCUCGUUCAGCGAGAACGGCGAGCGCAGCCAGCACCUCCUGCACCUGCAGCAGCAGCAGCAGCAGAAGGGGGGCAGCGGCUCGCAGAUCAACUCCACGCGCUACAAGACCGAGCUGUGCCGACCCUUCGAGGAGAGCGGCACGUGCAAGUACGGAGAGAAGUGCCAGUUCGCGCACGGCUUCCACGAGCUGCGCAGCCUCACUCGGCACCCCAAGUACAAGACGGAGCUGUGCCGCACCUUCCACACCAUCGGCUUCUGCCCCUACGGCCCGCGCUGCCACUUCAUCCACAACGCGGACGAGCGGCGGCCGGCGCCAUCGGGGGGCGCCUCCGGGGACCUGCGAGCCUUUGGCGCGCGGGACGCGCUGCACCUGGGCUUUGCCCGGGAGCCGCGGCCCAAGCUGCAUCACAGCCUCAGUUUCUCGGGCUUCCCGUCAGGUCACCACCAGCCCCCGGGAGGUCUGGAGUCGCCGCUGCUGAUCGACAGCCCCACGUCGCGCACGCCGCCGCCGCCCUCCUGCUCCUCGGCCUCAUCCUGUUCGUCCUCCGCCUCUUCCUGCUCCUCCACGUCGGCGGCAUCCACGCCCUCGGGCGCCCCGACGUGCUGCGCCUCGGCGGCGGCUGCGGCGGCGGCCGCGCUGCUCUACGGUCCCGGGAGCGCGGAGGACCUGCUGCCCCCCGGAGCCCCGUGCGCCACCUGCUCGGCCACCUCGUGCGCCAACAACGCCUUCGCCUUCGGCCCGGAGCUGAGCAGCCUCAUCACGCCGCUCGCCAUCCAGACCCACAGCUUCGCCGCCGCGGCCGCCGCCUACUACCGCAGCCAGCAGCAGGGCCUGGCGGGGCCCGCGCCCUCUGCGCCACCGCCCGCGGCCCCCGCGCCGCCCUCGCCGCCCUUCGGCUUCCAGCUGCCGCGCCGUCUGUCCGAGUCGCCCGUGUUCGAUGCGCCCCCCAGCCCCCCGGACUCGCUGUCGGACCGCGACAGCUACCUGAGCGGCUCGCUGAGCUCGGGCAGCCUCAGCGGCUCCGAGUCCCCCAGCCUGGACCCCGGCCGCCGCCUGCCCAUCUUCAGCCGCCUCUCCAUCUCCGACGACUGAGGCAAGGGGGCGCCCGCGAGGGGUUGGGAGAGGCCGCGGGGGGCACCGGGGAGGAGGGGUGACACUGCCGCAGGCCCCUGCCGCAGAGCACUUGGACUCGAACUCUGCUGGGAGGGGGCCCCGCCCCUUCCCUUUCGGUUUGGUUUUUUUUUAUUAUUAUUAUUUUUAUUAUUAUUACAAAGUUUCGUUCUUGUUGAAAUAAAAGCCAACGAACUUUUUGUAAGGAUGAACAAAAUGGUCACAACAGGCGGUUGUGAUGCGAAAGAACAAAAGAUACCAAACACUUGUUUAGGUCUCGGAUGAGUUUUGAAACUCUAGUUUAUAAAGAAAAAAAAAAAUCAGCCCAGCACUAGCAGCUAAAACCACCAUUCCAUCUCUUCUUUCACUUGAAAGCCUUAGUUACAGUCCAGAUGUGAGAACUCUUACCUUGGAAGGGGGUUCCUAACUUAUCUCAGAUCAGAGUGAGCCAGCCGGCUGCCGCCUCCCCUGAAUAAGCUUCUAGAGUUCAGUGUAAUGCCAAGAACAUGCCUUGAAACGAGUAGCCUUCAGUCCGGUUUGUCGGGGUUGUUUUUGUUGUUUAACGAAGUUAUAUAUGUUUGGGGAGUGGGGGGACCCUUGCAUUCCAAAGUUUGAUACUGGUCUCAUUGCCACCAUUUAGUGGGUGUUUAGCUUAGAACCAUUCCCUCUGCUCUCUGGAAGCCUUGAGCGGAGCUCAGUUCAUAAUUGUUGGGAAAUAAGUGCUUCAUUUUUAGCUGUUUUGAGUUGAUUUGCACCACAACUCAAUAUGAAAAAAACCUAUUUAACUUAUUUAUUAUCUUGUGAAAAGUAUACAUUGAGGAUGUUUGUUCAUACUGUAUUUAUCGAGUAUGAUGAAAAGCAAUAGAUAUAUAUUCUUUUACUAUGUUAAAUUAUAAUUGCCAUUAUUAAUCGGCAAAAUGUGGAGUGUAUGUUCUUUUCACAGUAAUAUAUGCCUUUUGUAACUUCACUUGGUUAUUUUAUUGUAAAUGAGUAAGAAAAAAUCUUAAUUUAAGAGAUUGUAUGUAAUAUUUAUUUCAUUAAUUUCUUUCCUUGUUUACGUAAAUUUCGAAAGAUUGCAUGGUUUCUUUACAGAAAUCAAUCUAUCUUGAUGCUGUGGAAAGUAGUUUGAGGAACAUUUUGAGUCUUUUCUUACUUAGAAUGUAUAAUGGUUGUGGCCCACCCAGCUUUAAAGAGAAAAAAGAAUGACCACAUACUCUGCAGUGAGGCUCACAUGUGGCUUGUCUAGUCCCAGCUUUAUAAACCAGCAAGAAAAAAAAAAAAACGCUGAUUCCACCAGCUCUACUGUGACAUUGAGUAUAAAGACAUGUAGCAAUAACGGGGAAAUAAUGGUCUCAGUGCCUUCAUAGGGCCCGAACUUGCCUUAAAUCUUCCUCAACCAAAUAAGUAUUUCAUUAGUGCUUGAGCGAGUCUGAAUGUCGCAUGGGUUCACCUGCACAGAACGAGAUAUUUGUACCACUUUUUAUAUAGAUAUUACAUAUAGCUAUAUAUAUGUAGCUAUAAAGUGAAGAGGGCCAUCAGUGCUGAAAAUGGUCCUAGGUCGGUAGGACAUGAAUAUGCCUUGUUUCAUGACAGUCCAAAACUUGUACUAUUACUUUUCAAUGUAAAAAGGCAGGAAUGGCCCUCCCAGGCUUUCCUGGAUGUCGAAUGAGUGAGCAGGCGCUUAGUUUCAUGUGUAGGUACAGUUGGAGCACCGUGUGUGUAUUCUGGACUACUUUGACACAAGUAGGUUCUUUUUUGAAUGUAACAAGAUAAGUCAACUUGAGUUGUAAUAUAUUUUUUGGGGAAUCAGUUCACUACAAAUUGUGACUGUAAACAUUGUACUGUAAAUGUUUUGUAGUUUCCCCCCCCAAUAAAAUUUUUUUG